AUGUACUUGUUUAGCAAGGAUUUAGCUAGAUCUCUUUGCGGGCAUGAUUGGAUCCAGUCCCUGAUUGUGCCGAAGCUCCGCAAAGCCAUGCAGCAAACCUCGGUGCGGCGCAUUCUCAGAACGAGUGAGUAUCAUGGAGAAAUCCGCUGGAGAGACGAGUUUUUGGUGGAGGAAGAUGGUGUUUGCCCCAGCACCGUCCCUGCACGAAUGUUUGGCUUGUGUGCAGAUAUGUUCCAGAGUGCCUGUGCUGAAUCAAAACCAUCAGCGUGUGGCGAACCUAUCCAGGUCAGUCCAGAUCGGGAUCAGCAUCAUGAAAGGUGUCAUGGGUCCUUCAAAGUGGAUAUGAAAAGCUGA